UUGAGUACAUAAAACACAGACCUCCACCAUACACGAGGGGUUGCUUUUCAUUCUGCCCUAGUGUUGCGUUUCUAAGUGAAGGAGAAUGGGUAGAAAGAAAAAGACGGUCUCUUUCCAGUUACCUGAUGAUGCUGCUAAACAGGAUAAAGCCUCCAAUGCUAGUUCAGAAAUGCAAGCCGGUGUGGACAAACUGCAUCCGCAAGCUAAGGAGGCUAUGAAUGUGGGGAAGAAUUCAAGGGCCGGGACUGUGGUUGCGAGACGAUCACCUCGUAUUAGGAGUUUGACCCCAUCUAAUAAUAGCCCUGAGUUGAAACAUGUUCCGGAGCAGGUUGAUCUUGUUGAAGAGGAAAAGGAACAAGAACCUGAGGUUCAGUCAGUUGGCAAUAUGCUUGUUGAAGAGGAACAGGAACAGGAACAAGAGGUUCAGCCAGGUAGCAAUCCUCCAGAUGCGCACGGAAGAAGCCUGGCAGAGAAAAUCGACUAUCUUGUUGAAGCUGUUGAUUAUUUGAAGUUUAAGGUUUGUAAACGAGAUGCAACGGCGGUCCCUUCUCCUGAUAUCAGCUACAAAAGCUUGUACAUCAGUUCACAAAAGCAGAUUGAGACUUUGAUAGAUGAACAACUUAAGCUGGUCAAGAAGCUGGAAUUCGCCCGUGGAAAAAUUGCAGCAUAUGAGGAGAUGAAGGUUGUUGUGGGAGGUCAGAAGGAGUUUGUGCUAGUCUCCGAACUGGCAAAAGCUGCAGGCGUUGCCACUGCAAGCUUAUCACCUAAAGUAGAUCAAAAGAGUAGCCCGUCUCCUCCGCCUGAAGCAGUUCAAAAGAGUGGCCUGCCAUCUCCCAGUGUUCGUAAGCAAAUUGGCCAGAAACGGGCGAGGUGUUGAUGCUGCUGUUAGUCGUCGUAACUAGGACAUCUCAUUGUGGUGGUGGAUUCUACCUUUAUUGGGCUUAUUUUGUGUCUAGUAGAAGAGAAGAGUGACGAUGAAAACUUGUACUACUACUGGUAUUUUGCACUGUUUCCUUAAGGCUUCUUGUUGUUCAUGCCUUUCUAUCCACACUAAACAGAAAAUCAGAAAAUGAUGAUUUUAGUUGGCAUUAAAUUAAA